GCUAGAUCUCUCGCCGCCGAGAAUUUUUGUUUCAUGCGUGCGGUAGCUUUUUGUGAGAGAAGUGUAGAGGCCAACUUAGGUAAAAUGGCCACUGAAGACAGCAAACAAGCACCACAGAAAGGCACGGUAUAUCUUGUAGAAGUUGAAGAAUCUCUUAACGAUGUUCUUGUUGUAUGCCUGAGACAUGGUGAUCGAGUAUUUCGAGGAGUUCUGAUCGAUGCAUUGAAAAGUGGUCCAAUUGGGGUGACUCCUGCAAUGAUGCCAGUUACCAACAAUACAGCAACUCAGUUGGAUGAAGACAAGUCCAUGACAUCAGUUAUGGAAACAACCGUCCCACAAGCAACAGAGGGUCACUCAACUUUGGGUUACAGGCAAACUUAUUAUCAAAACCUACCACUAUCACCUCCAAGACCUUUGCUACUGUCUGGCAGAACCAACUGCAGCUAUCCAAAACAGAGGAUGAGUACAAGAACACGACCGUUUAGGUUAAGACCAAGACAUCUACUAUGUAGUCGUUGUAAGCACAGUUUAAAAGACAAUCCAAGUAGUGUGAAAUUGGAAAAGCCAAUAAAACGUAAACAUGAAAAUGAAUGUCCUACAAAUAAAAAGAAAAAAACCGACAGUAUAGAGACGCACACAAUAUGCCAUGAAAAACAAGUUAUAAAGAUAUCGUAUGCUGCGCCAAAGAAAGAAGGAACUGACAUUUUUGCAAAACUUCCAAAGAUUACACAGUCUGUUGCAUCUUCUAAACAACAAAAUAAACUAGACAGAGCAAAAAAAGUUUUGCAAAAAGCCAAAACAAAGGUGCAAAAGAAAAACACAAGGCCUACUAUAAAGUACAAACCCAAGCAUAAUGUGAAUGGUUGCAGUGUUAAGUCUUCAAAAAAUAAUAGUAAAGUUGCAAAACAGAAUGGUUUGAUCAAAGAAGUUGUUACUAAAAAUUCUUCCCAACAACAAAACUUUUCAACCCAAUUGCCGGUUCAGACUCCAAAUGGACGUUCAAAAACAAAGAAACCUAAUGAGAAUAGAACUCAACAGCCAACUGCAACAAAAAAGAAAGGUAACAUAACUACCAACUCAAAAGCUAACUUGAAUGUUAAUGACGACAACCAGAAGUUGAUUGGGGAGAAUAUUGAUGUUUAUGAUUUUGAUUCAGAUGAUUCAGAAUCAGAUGUAGAAGAAAUUGAGAUCAAUCCUGGUAAAACAGCGGAAGGAGAAAAACUGUCACGCAUCAAAGUAAAUGUUCAUAAGAAAAACAUAACACGUGUUGUCCUUGAUGACGGACGUAUAAUGUGUAUAGGAGAUGUCAUUUGGGGAAAGAUCGUUGGUUUCCCAUGGUGGCCAGGUCGAGUGGUAAGAAUGAAUGUCAGCCGACAGGACAACGGUACAGUAGUGAAUCAGGAGGCAUUGAUCAAAUGGUUUGCGGCUAACACAAUAUCGUACAUCAACGUUGAGAAGUUAUUCCCUUUUCUACAGUAUUACAAUUCAAGAUACAAUCGGAAGAAGCGUGGCGUUUACAAAGAAGCGGUGAAGAUGGCAAACGUAGAGGCUCUGGCUUUGUCGCCUGAAGUGCGGGCACUUAACACAAUGUUUGAAACGUCAGCUCUCCAGCCUUAAUAGGAUUUUUUUUAUGUGAAAUGGAGGUUAAAGUUGUGGAUGAAGUCUUAAGUCCAGCAGCAGUUUGUUAUUCAACCAUAAUUUCUCAGGGACAAUGUACCACAUUCAAACCAAAGGAACCCCAUUCUGAAUCCAGCAUCAUCAUCAGUAUGCUCUAAAUUUACUCAUUGUGGAACUAGUUCAACAACCAUCAGCUGCAUUACAGUCUAAAGAAUAAUAUGUCCUUGAGUGAGCAUACCUGAGCUGAACACCCAGUGUAGAGAGCCUGUUAACAAGCUGGCAGCCAUAGACAUGCCAGCUAUUAAUGCAUGCAUUAGUAGAGCCAAUAGGUUAAAGGUCGCUCAGGGAUCACCUCAUCAAGUCCUCUGUAUGGGAUGUUUUAGUUUUUCUGAAUUCUUUUAUUAUACAGAACUUAGUACAGUAUUAUUUAAUAAUGGUGUUCAGUUAGGUAUCACCAUUGAGACAUCAGAAUUUGCAUUUGUAGCAAUGAUGAUGUACAUUGUUGUUUUAAAGAUUAAUGUUUAUUAUAUUGGUUAAGGCUACUCUUCAAAAUGUGCCAACCAUUUUAUUUUUUCUUGUAUUAUUACCAUGAAGGUUACUAUCCAUGCUUAACCUUUACAGAUUUAAGACAUAAUAUUAGAAGUUACAUAUUAUUUUUCAGACAAUAUAUAUUUUUUAAAUCCUUUACAAAACAUAAUUUUUUCAUGGCAUAAUACUUAACUAUGAUUUCUGAUGGCUUCAAAUACAGUACACUAGUAGUUUGUAGGCCGGGUGAGACAGGCGUUGGCCUAUAGCGACACUUUAUUUAAUAUUUCAAUCAGGUACCAUUUUUUAUACAAAAUCCUCCGAAGAAUGUAAAUAUUGUACAUCCAUUAUCCCAUUGUUAAUAAUUCUGUAGUCUUGAAAAUGUCAACUCUGUAUAAUUAAAUGUAAUGAUAUUUAGGCUUAUAUGAAAGUGCCAAUGCAAUUUUUUUUAUAGUAAUUGAAUAACAGUUUGAGAACUUCUCACAUUAACAUUAAAUAAUGUACAUAUUUAUGCUGUUGACAUUCCCAUUUCUUUCCCUUGUCUGCUAUUUUUACCCUACUCCAAUUUUUGUGGCAUAUCUAAAAUUUCUGGAAUUUUCCCUUUUCUUGGAAUUAAGUAUUUGUUUAACUGAAUUAAGGUUUAAGUUUAUACAUUGCAUUUAUAUUAUUACGUAGCCAAGGAGUGUGACAAGGGUUUCCAUGAAUUACCAACCAAAAUCCACAAUGCUAUAAACUUUAUAUACUUUAACAUGUGUUGUUUUAUGAGAAGUUUAUCAUUUAUUUUAUUUGAAUUGUAUUUUCCUUUGCGAGUUCAACUGAAAUACUCAUUUACCUGCUCACAAAAUUACCUGUUUGGUUAAUUUAUUUUGUGGUGCAGAUAUGAGCUCCAAAUACAGGUCAAAGUUGAAUCAUCUAGAAAUGACUCAUACUGUCACUAGUCUAGUUAAUGGAGAACUGAUAUAAAUUAGUCAUUUUUGAGAAGGCAGGUUUUAAAAUGUCCACCUUUUUAGCAGUCAAAUCGGAUAUAUUGUAUAACAUAAAGUAAAGACACUCCAUAAGCGCUAACUGUAUACAGUCAAUCCAGUAUCAUGGAUUACAAAAACCAGUACAGGCAUGAAAAGUGUAUCUUUAGUUGUUAUUGUUAUUUAUAUCAUUAUUAUUUAAUAUGCAUGAUAUAGAAAUCUAUAGUGAAACCCAUUUAGUUUGUAGUUGUUAACAUGUUAAAUUUUUCCACUUUAAACCUUAAUAAGAAUACAGUAAUUCCAUUGAAACAUUUGCUGGCUUAUUCCACAUGACACAUAUUGUUUUCCACUGUUUCAUCUCAUUCAAAAAUCUGCUGACUGACUGGGGGGUGCAGUGUGGGCAUUUGCCUACCUGUCAGACAGGCCUGGACAACUUGCCAUCCGAAAUAUUUAAAAAAAUAAUAAUUUGCCUAUCCAAAUAAUGCUAUUUUGAUUGCCAAUCCCUAACAUUGUGGUCUAAAAGCAGAUAUAUAAAUGCAGUUGGAGGGCCAAAGUAAAUUUUUGAUUUCACACCGAGGACCACACCCAAACUGAUGUUUACAUUGUGCUUCCAAAAACCUUCAUGCACUGCUUUUUUUACCACUUUAUUCUUAGUUUUAAUCUAAGUCUAAAAUGUUGGGCGGGUCAUACACAAAGGGGUUUUAAUUCAUUUUCACAAGCUGCAAUAAAAUCAUGCGGCCUGCAGGCCACACUUCGCCCAGCUAUUAAAGUUUGUCUGGACAUCCCUGUUGACCAUUGGGAUGUAGGACAGACAGCUCAGGAUAAUUAUAUUUCUAAAUAACAUGGGAGAUGUAUGAAUUAUUCCAGCUGAUUUUAUCAGAUUUUCAGAUCAAUUUAAUUAAAUGUUGUUUUCUGGUAUUGGCUAGGAAGCAAUGAAAGAGUGUGAAUGAUAAUGAAUUCUGACCUAUAGUUUUGUAGCGUUUACCCCAUUUAUAUUUCUGCAUGCAACAAUGCGAAAAACCUAAACUCUCUUUCACUGCAGUGUAUUUACCCAUAUUAUGCCAAUCCAUUCACAUUUUCAUAUUGAUGCAAGAAUUUAACAAUGUUAUGGCCAUGGUAAAUGGAAACGUAUAGACGGUUGUUCUCUUGCUAUUUUAAUUUUAAUAGCUAGUAAUGUUGCAAAGAUAAGAAGUGUUUUUCAUACUUGGUAAAUAAAGCCACUGUUUUGUACAGAUCUA